CGGGUGACGGUCUUCUAGGGGUGCUAACGCACUUUUCAAAAUCGUUUUCGUAAAUUCAAACUGAUUUCAUCGUGAUUCAAUGAUGGUUUAAAUUAGGUCAAUGUCGAGUCAAACGGAAAGUCGAUCCCCGGGUCACGUGGGACCGCAAAAUAAACGGCCCGUAAUCUUGAUUUAUCCAACUGUGUCACCGGAAACUGUAGUGGUGCCAAUAAUUUCCUGUAUCUUGGGAUUUCCCCUUCUUGCAUUGUUAGUAAUAUGUUGUUUGCGAAGAAGAGCCAAACUAGCUCGAGAACAAGCUCGCAGGCGCAACUGUGAUAUUGAACACGGUACAUUCUCUAUUGUCAGGUUCAGCCCAAUACACUAUUUAGGCCGUUCUACAAGAGCUGUUUCGCUGAGAUCAGAAAGGGCAAUGAGUAGAGGCUUUCCGUCGCUAGAACUCGAUACAGUCGUUGAAGAACGUUCCGAUCCGGAACCGGAAGCUACAGUCAUUGAAAUGAUGACACCUGAUGCUGAUGAUUCAGACAGAUAGCAUAAAGUUAAUGAUGUGUGCAGUGCUGACAGUAAAAUGUGUUGCAGGUCUCCCCUUUGGACAACUUUAACGCACGCACACACGUUCGCCAUUGAUACCAACAGCUGACCCGAGGAUAAUGAAAAUCCUGAUAAUCCUGUAGUACCACAAAUUAUACCUUUACCCUUUAUUAAGGGGUAUUAACGUGAUUUCCAAUUUAUAUCAAAACUAAAUUACUUUUUAAUGAGAUCCUGUUUAUCCAGAGUACAAAAAUAGACAAUUAAAACCAAAUUUUUAACACUUGCUUUGAAACACACCAAAACUACAUCUUUUUCAAAUAACUUUGUCUGGUAUACAUAUAUGCGUAGUAUAUAUUCUUGCUUUUAGAAUUAAUAUACAUACUUAGGAAUGGGACUUUUUAAUAGACGUGUAAUUUCCCUAAAGACUAUCCUUGGUGCCAAAGUAAUCGUUUUCAUAUUAAUGUGCAUCGAAGUAGUCGUUGAGAGGGAUCAUUUUAAGGUGGCAACCCUGCGAAAAUUUAAACAAUUCUAAAUCUUCUCUAAAAAUUAUUUUCUCAAAUAAAUAUGUGUACACCACAACGUAAUUUGUCAUUAUUAAUAUGAUUAAAUUUGUUCUAAAUGACAUUAAUGACACUUUUUGUGUGAAUCGGUCUUUAAAUUAAAGAUGCAUUUAGAUUUCUACAACCUACUUGAUGCAAAUUGAUAUGAAAAAGAGUAUAGGAUUUUGUACAUAAGUCUAUGUUUAGAAAAUUUUAUACGGGAUUAGGCGGACUGCAAUUCCUUAAAUGUUAUUUUUUGAACAUUUCACUUUUCUUUAACAGUUAAAUAACUAAUCUGAGCACUAUGGAAUUGUUAGUAAAAAUUGUAUAAAACCUACCAUUCAUUUCAUUCGUGAUGUAAUAUUUUGAGUGAAUAAAUUAUA